GUUGGAACCGCCAACCCAGAUAUUGAUGUUAUCGCAAUUGCUGCCGCAGACCUUUGACCUCCCGACUCAUGAUGCAAGAAUACCAUGUCAUAACCGGCUGAUCCCGCCCGUGGGGGCUCUCUGCGCCGACUCGUGAGCGGAGAAGAAGACGACGCCCCUGCGGAAGAAUCUAUUCCCGAUCCCAUCUUCCUCUUCGUUGUCGUCGUCCAGGUUCAUAUUUCAGAAGAAUGCGGAAUUCGCAUAAAGAGAAAGAUGAUGAGGCUAUCAAAGAACAAAAGAUUAAAGAUCUCCGUGCAGCAAUUGGACCCUUGUCCGGGCGGGCUUCCAUGUUCUGCGAUGAUUUAUGUCUGGCGAGAUACUUGGAAGCUAGGAACUGGAAUGUUGAUAAGGCGAAGAAAAUGUUGCAAGAUACACUCAAGUGGAGAGCAACUUACAAACCUGAAGAAAUUCGUUGGCAUGAAAUUGCCAGAGAAGGUGAAACUGGGAAAGUGUAUCGAGCAGAUUUCCAUGACCGAGAUGGGCGAACUGUACUUGUACUGAGACCAGGGAAACAAAACACAUCGUCGCAAGACAAUCAACUCAGGCAUCUGGUGUAUCUCCUAGAGAAUGCCAUCAUCAACUUAUCCGAGGACCAAAAGCAAAUGAUUUGGUUAAUAGACUUUACUGGAUGGUCAUUGACCAACUCAGUCCCUAUUCGGACUGCUCGAGAAACAGCACACAUUUUGCAGAGCCACUACCCUGAGAGGCUCGGAGCUGCUUACUUGUAUAACCCUCCUAGGAUUUUCGAAACAUUUUGGAAGAUAGUCAAAUAUUUCUUGGACCCCAAAACAUUUCAGAAAGUGAAGUUUGUGUACCUAAAGAACGAGGAAAGUGUGACACUCUUCACAAAGAACUUUGAACCCGAGGUGCUACCUGAAGAUUACGGAGGAAAGAGUAAAACGCAAUACAACUACGAGGAGUUCUCCAAGUUGAUGAUGAAGGAUGACAUUAAGGCUGCUGCGAUUUGGGGAUUGGAUGAUAAGCAUGCCUCCUUGUCUGGUCAUCGUGUUGCACCAGAACCUGAACAUUGCGCCGCACAAGCAACUUGAGUUAGACUACCUUGAAGUCUCACAUCAACGUCCUAAGUAUUGACAUUCUACUCUGUUGAUAAUGUGGGCCAUUAGUUAAGCGCUUAUAAACUAUGAAACAUUGGUUCAAUUAGUCUUCAAGAGAUCAAAUAAGGCUGGCCGGGAAGAAUGCUUCGACAUAUCAUCUUGUUUCAUGUUCGAGUGAUGAUGUUUAUCAUAAAUCUUGCACUGCAUUAAGUUAUAUAUGGAUAAGACAUUUAGAUAAUUCA